AUGCCGAAACAAAAACUUUGUACGAAAAAAUGGAUAACAAAUUAUAAACAAUCAAACAACACAAUAUAUGAAAAUCAAAAUAAUGAAAUAUUACAGGAAAACUCUUAUAGACAGAUAAUCACUUUAUCUGAAUACAAAACCCGUAAUACAAUUCAACAUCAUGAUCAAGAAUAUAAUAUAUCAAAAAAUAUAUUCUGGUGUGAACUAACUGAAUUUUGCUGUAAUCGAGGAAAACGCCUUAUACUAUUAUUACCUGAUUAUCCUAUGAAUAUGAAUAUUAUUUUUAGUAAUCCUAAAAUUAGUAGUUUUUCACGAAAACUCAAUGCACUUUUUUCUUUUAUGGCAAUUGGAGUUCAAGAUCAAUUUGUAAACUUGCCUGCACUAUCCUUAUAUAUAUAUGAUGAACAAGAACGAUAUAUUGCAAGCAGAAACCACAAAAUACUAAAAGAAUGGAUUUUAAUUAUUAAUACUACAUUGACCAAAAUUAACCCCUAUAUACAUUUAUUACGAGUUUUUAAAAACAAUUCAUAUGAUGGAAUACUUGAACUACGUGAAAAUACAUCUACUGGAGAAGUUGCUGUUAUUAUAUAUGCCGAUAGUAUUGCUAAUUAUGAACCAUUGCAAUAUCCGUUACUUUUUUCCCAUAGUACUUCUGGAUGGCAUCCCAAAAAUUUUUACAACCUAUCUCAAAUUGACUGGUAUAGAUGUCGUUUAUUAUAUUUGUUACGAACAUACUUUGGAACAGUUAUUUAUAUGAUUGAUGUGAUAGAGUUUCAAAAAUGUAGAUUUCCCUAUGCUCACAUAGUAAUACGCAUACAACUGGAACUACCUGUUGAACAAAUUGAUAAAAUCGUGAAUGCUGAAUUACUUCAUGAACAAUCACAUUUAAAAAAUGUGGUAGAAAAGUAUAUGGUACACAAACAACAACAUUCAUCAUGCCCUGAUCAUAUAAAUUAUACUAUAAACAAUACAUCUGAAAAUUCUAGUCGGCAACCUAUUAACAAAUUCAAAGACUAUAUUAAUGGAAGAUAUUUAUCAGCACCUGAAGCAGCAUAG